CUGCUAAAGCAAAAUUCUCGCUGUUCACAGUUUGAAACAAAACUUCAGGAUGUAAAGUUGAAAAUGGAAAGUUCAGUACCUCGCCUUAAAGUCAGAUGUACACAACAUGUGGACAGAUUAAAAAUCAAUCAUCCCACAAAGAGUGAGCUUCCAGGAUUGCCGUCCUUGCAACAUACAAACCAUGCCAAGAGCAAACAAAAGAAAGUGCAUGAAGAAUCUGAGCAAAUGUUUCCCAAGAUCAAAAACCUUAAACAAAUGCAGGAAACACUCUGUCGUGGAGAAGUGCAACUUGACAAACUCUACCAAAUGUACAAUCGCUCCAUUGCUAACAUGGCCUUAGCUGGUCGACUGCUGAAGAGGAGUGGCCAGUUUGCAGAGUUCAAAGAGCCUAGUGUUCAAGAUUUUAUGUUUAGUGAAAAUAAUGAUACAACUGCAAAGAAAAUCCAGAGCCAAAAGAGAAGACAUGACUGGUUUCCAUCUCAGAGUGAUUCUCAAACCAGUGAGGAUGUAAUUCCAGGGAGUUUUGAAUCUCACCAUCAGGAGGAAGCUUCUGAAGAAAUAAACACCAAAUUUACAAAGCAACAUCUUAAACGAGACCAUAACCACAAGGCUCCAAAUGCUGUGAAUUAUUAUGUGCCUUUAACUAUUGAAGACAUUCUCCCAAAAAGCAAUAUUGUGGUAACUCCAGAUUAUGGAAACUUGAGAGAUGAAGAUGCUGAAUUCUGGCGGAGCAGAGAGAGAGAGGAAGGAAACUACUGGAGGAACAAAAUGUUGAAUGCACCUGGAUAG